GUGAGCGAUAGCGCUGCCGCACCAGUAGCUCUAGCGAGCAUACGCUGGCUUACAGAGCGGAUAUCCCCCAGCUUUCCCAUGUCUGUACUUGAAACCACGGACCCGGACAGCUGCCGGGGAGAUUUUUCCAUCGAAGACAAGCACAUCUUACUGGAUUACAAAUUUAUAGAACUGGAGCCCACUAGACUAAUGGUUAACGAACGGAGCUGUCAGCCUACUCUAGGCUAGGGAAUAAUAAAUUUAAAAGUGAGCAGGAGGGAUAAUAAACAAGAAGAAGCGAGAAAAAAGCUGAACUUGAUAAAGCUCGUCCAUCAUCUGCCAUGGUUGGGACGGCUAAAGUCCUUGCUUUUGCUUCCGUUUCGAUUGAUUCGUGACUUAGCCAAGCACUUUUUUUUUCUUGUUGUUUUUUGGAUAUAAGAGGAGAGAGAGAGAGAGGGGCCAACUGACGGACGAUCACAACCACCGCAAAAAAUUCUACCAAGGAACUGAAGCGUAGAAUGUCUAAAUCUUAAGAGCUUCCCGGAGAACUCUAUGAGAUUAUGGCUGGAGGAGAGACCCUGACGGAUCGACUUGGCGUGUACAACAAUCUGGACGACCCGGUACCAACAUGGAACCGCCCAGAGGUCAUAUCAUCCGUUGCGGCUACAAUGCUCUGCAUCUCCACCUUUUGCGUGACGUAUCGCCUCUACAUCCGACUCUGGGUUAUCCACGCUGGCGGCUGGGAUGAUGUCUUCGUCUUAUUUUAUCUCCUAUCGGGACUGGUGGGUGGCAUAGCACUAUGUUUUGCCCCUCAGUUUGGGCUGGGUCAGCACUUUCUUUACUUGAAACCGGAAGGAAUGGCGGCGUAUCUAAGGAUAUUCUACGUGAUAAACGCAUCCUACAACCUCUCGACUAGCUUUAUCAAGAUAUCCCUAUUAUUUCAAUACCUGCGCGUCUAUCGCAGCGGCAAGCUGCGGACGACUUGCAUUGUGAUGCUUGUCAUCAUCGGCCUCUGGGGGUUUGCGUAUUCGUUCAUGGGUUGGGUGCCUUGCUUUCCCAUCUCGGGAUAUUGGGGCUUGGGUGCCGGUGGGGCAAGGUGCUAUGCAUUUGGCUCUAUGCAUGUUGAAGAAUUCUUCAACACCUAUGUGUCUCAUACCGUGGUCAAUACAGCACUGGACAUGAUUGUAUUCUCUCUUCCCAUACCACUUUACUUCCAGCGUGGGACGCAUCGACGUACCAGACUUGGAUUAGUCGGGCUAGUCAUCAUGGGCAUAAUUGUCAACGCCUUUAGCAUGUGGCGGCUCGCAACCCUCGUUCAACAUAGAGCGACGACCAGCCCAACUUUCGACCCGACAUGGUACAGCCCGAUCAGCGUGGUACUGGGGGCGCUAGAGGUCAACAUCUCGAGUAUCUGUGCUUCCGUACCAAUAUUCUGGCCUCGUCUGAAGGCCCGCCUUGGGGACAUAUUCGUCACCAGAGAGGUCAUCAUCACCCUAAACCGACGAUCGCAUCGCGCAUCAUCCGAAGAUGACACGAUCGAGCUUCAGAGCACGGCGAGCGAGCACCACGACAACAGCUGGAAGAGGUGUCCCAGCAGGACAAGCGAGUCAAGCGAAACUCGACUUGCCGAGCCGCACCCCGUGGAAAAGAGAGAACACCACUAUAGGGAUGAGUUCAUCUUGGGCCAGGUCGAUCCUCUUAGGGGUAGGCCCGCGUAUACGGUAGAGUCUGAGAUUAGUUCCAACACUCUCGCGAGGCAAAAGUCUAAAAAAAGCCUGAGAAAAAAGAUGAGUGCCCCAAAUUAGUUACGUAUACCAUAAUCAAUGCUAUUUCGAGAACAAUUCAUAGCCUUUGUGAUGAAUCAUUCAAACCAUCGUCCUAAGUAACUUGGUCACCUGGAAUGAACUGGUUACUAUUAAUAUGUGCGAUGAAAUUAGAGAUGGAAUGUCU